UUAUUAUUGUAAUUCCUCUUGUGAAAAUGGCGUCGAGUCAGGGAGGUGUGGGAGCUGUACCGGCUCUUUCAAACCAUCACUUAUCCAACGGACCUCACUGGAACCCGGGGAUCAACCAGCAUCAGCAUCAUCUCCACACGACCCGGAGCUUAGACCGCGCUCUGGAGGAUUCCGUGUGCUCAGGAACGUUGAAUCUUAGCGGGAGGAAGCUGAGAGACUACCCUGGAUUGAGCUAUGAUCUUACUGAUACAACACAGGCAGAUCUGUCAAAGAACAGGCUCACAGAGAUCCCUCCAGAGGUGUGUCUGUUCGCCCCCCUUGAGUCGCUCAACCUCUACCACAACUGCAUCAAAUGCAUACCUGAAGCCAUCAUCAACUUGCAGAUGUUGACCUAUCUAAACAUAAGCCGGAACCUUCUCUCAACAUUGCCAAAAUACCUGUUCAACCUCCCUCUCAAAGUGCUGGUGGUGAGCAAUAACAAGCUACUGUCUGUCCCAGAGGAGAUUGGGAAGGCCAAAGAACUGAUGGAACUGGACAUCAGCUGUAAUGAGAUCCAGGUGCUGCCCCCUCAGGUGGGGAGGCUCCGUUCAUUACGGGAACUCAACAUCAGGAGGAACUGUCUUCACAUGCUGCCUGAGGAGCUGGCUGACCUGCCACUCAUCAGACUGGACUUCUCCUGCAAUAAGAUCACAGAGAUCCCUCCUGUCUACAGGAGACUCAGGCAGCUGCAGCACAUCAUCCUCGACAACAACCCUAUGCAGUCCCCACCUGCACAGAUCUGCCUGAAGGGCAAGGUGCACAUCUUUAAGUACCUGAACAUCCAGGCUUGUAGGAUGGAUAAGAAGCCUGACUCUCUGGACCUCCCUUCUCUGGGCAAACGCUGCCUUCCCCAGCCUCUCACAGACAGCAUGGAGGAUUUUUACCCCAGUAAGAACCAUGCUCCUGACUCUGGUAUCGGCAGUGACAACGGGGAUAAAAGACUGUCUGCGACAGAGCCCUCUGACGAUGAUACCAUCAGCCUGCACUCUCAGGUCUCAGAGACGGCUCGCGCCGACGCCCUCUCUCUCCUCUCCAAGAUGGACUCAGGCAAAGAUCAGGUCCCCUUUGACUUCAUCGAGCCCAACGCAGAGGAAGAUGCUGCCCUGUCAGACGGGCAGCAGAGUGGACCCUACAUCUCAUGUAUAAAGGAAUUGGAGAAGGUUCUUAACAAGUCACACCAAAGCAAAGAUAAGGAGAACUGGAAAGAGGAGUCUGGCUCUGAAAAAGAUCAGCUAGUUGAGGAGGAUGAGGAUGAGCUGAAGGAAGUGCUGGAUCUGAGGAAGAUUGCUGUCCAGCUCCUGCAGCAGGAGCAACAGAACAGACGACGGUCCUUAAUUUGUAGAGCAGAGAGUCUAAUUCAUCGAAGGAGGGUUGCCGGCCGAGCACACAGGUUCCUCAGUCACUCUGGCAGCUCCAGCAGCAAACAGAGGUCCCCCUGCCAGGCCAUCCGCAGUGCCUCCCUGGAUGAAGGGAGCAGUGGACCGUCAGUGCUGAGUGGGCAGGACCCCGACUUCACAGACGAUGACACAGCUUUCUCUGAGCCGUCCUCUUCCUGCUCUUUCGAUGGCAGUCUAAAGUCAGAGUCUGACACAGAGCCAAAAUGGCCAGAGGUUCCACCCGUACUCAACCAGAACGAGGAGCGCAGGAGGAACAAGUAUCUGAGGAAAGAUUAUCUAAAGUACAAGUGCCAGAGUGCCCGAAGAAACUCCAGUGGGAAUGACGAGUGUGAGGAGGGGAUGAGGAAUGCUGAUUUCAGCAGCACCCUCACAGUGUUUGGUCUGAAGCCAAGAUCAGCGUUCUGUCGAAGCAGCCGUCAAGAGUCGUCAGACCCCAGUUUCACCAUGAGGAGGAAGAUGGAACACCUGAGAGAGGAGAUGGAGCAGAUUGGCGUCCUACGGCAGAAUCUGGAGUCCAGACUAAAGGUCUUGCUGCCAGACGAUGUCGGAGCUGCUCUGAUGGAUGGCGUUGUGCUGUGCCAUCUGGCCAAUCACAUUCGUCCUCGGUCAGUGGCCAGCAUCCAUGUACCCUCCCCAGCAGUGCCAAAGCUCAGCAUGGCCAAGUGCCGCAGGAAUGUCGAGAACUUCCUGGAUGCCUGUAAGAAGCUGGGCGUGUCACAGGACAAGCUGUGUUUACCCCACCAUAUCCUUGAGGAGCGUGGGCUGGUGAAGGUGAGUAUGACCGUGCAGGCUCUACUGGAGCUGCCGGCCUCCAAGCCCACCCAGUUGUCUGCUGUCUAACAGCAGCCUGGACACUGCCUCAACCACCCGCCCAGUCCAGCCCUCCACAACCCAGCCCUUCACCCCACAGAGGAGGGGGCUUCCAGCCUGCUUCGCUCAUCAUCGGGGACCAGGGACCCCUUAGGCGGCGAGGGCUGGGGGCUGCAGGGAGUCCAUUGCCAGCUGACUGAGCCAAGAGAGGGAGGGGUUAACUCAGAUCUUCCCACCCUUCCUAUAUGAUGUCAGCUGGGACCCACCUCCCAUUCAUUGGAUUGUUAGCUACUGUCAUGUCCUCCCCCAGGGGACCCUACUGUGCUGUGUGUGUAGAGUACCAGUUUGGCUGUCUGUGUGACCUGCACAGUGUGGACUUUAUGAGAGCUGGUGAACCCAAAGCCAGAUCAGAGGUCAGACUAAGGAAUGAAUCACAGUGAAGAUGAAGACCUGUCUGUCCCCAUGGUGAUAUUGACUGGCCCAUGCUCAGACACUUUUGAACCUAGUGGUGCGAACACUGAAUUCACUGGGUUUUCAACACUCAGUAUUGAAGACAUUGGUAGUGAAGUGAUAGCAGAUUUAAAGGCAUGUACUCACUCUUUCACUCAGAGAACUGAACUGCAUGCUGGCCGAACCAGCCACACCACAUCACUCAAGUGGUCCUGACACCCUGACUUUUCUUUUUGGAACAAAUUAGCUUUCAAAGGGGAUAUAUUUGUAAAGAUCAUUGUGUUAUAUCACAAUAUACCUCUGAUAUCCCAGAGGUAAAGCUUGGGACAUCCUAAGUGGUGCUUUACCUCAGAGGAGCCAGCAGUAGCCAAGCACUGGUAUACACACUUCUUACAGUCUGCAUUUGAGAAUAAUUAUUGUACUACCAAUAACAGUGCCAUUUGAGGGAAGAAUGCUAAGCUUACUUUUAAAAGCAUGCUAUCCAUGAUUCCGAUUUUCUACUGCAGCACAUCUGUGGUGAAGGGAGGCUGCUCUGAGGUACUUCAGAUGUGGUAUUAGUAGCUCACCCCUGUACGGUAUACGAGAGAGCCAUCCCACUGCCACGGGACCUUCUCUCAAAUGCAGACCUAGAGACCUGGCUACUGUGAAUGCAUGUAGCUUUGAUCAUACCACGUGUGCUUAUUUGAAUAGGACUUGUUGAAAGCACAUGGUUAUUUAGUUAGGAUAUUGUAUUAUAUACACUUAUAAUGCUGAGAUUGUAUCUUUUGGUAAUUUGAUGCAGUGAAACAGUUCUUUUUUAAUGUUGACAUAUUUAAUCUUUACAUUUAUAACUUGCUCCUCUAGUUGGAUUCACAACUGCAAAACGUAAAAUAAGGAACACAACAUAAACAAUGAGGAAAUCCCAUAGAUCAUCGUUCAUCACCUCCAGUUCCACAACAGUACAUAUUUUUGUUGUAACCCCGGACAAACACACCUGAUUCAACUCAUCAACUAAUCAGCAAGCCCUCAAUGAGUUGAAUCAGGUGAUUAGUCUUGGACUACAACAAAAAUAUGUACUGUUGAGGGUACUUGAGGACUGGAGUUGGGAAGCACUGACAUAGAUGAAUCCCAACCACUGAACUAUUUUAAUCAGGAAAAUUAUUUAUCUAUUUAUUUUUUUCUAUUUAUAUGCUUUGUUUGUUUGUUUUUCACCCCCCGAUGACCCCUUAAGUUAUGUGACAGGAGUUUGCAGCUCCAAACUGGUGAUAUUUUCCUGCUUUAAGCUUUGGUGUUUGCUUUGGUGUUUGUUCUUGGCCACAGUUUGCAUGUUCAUUGCCUCAAAAAGCCUGUUUCAAUUAACCUCACAUUGCAGGAAAUCUGAACAAUUGUUCCAGAUGCAGUUUCACUUUGUUUCCAUCCGUAAAUUUAGUCCUACUAUUACACAUACUUCAAAUAUUAUUUUGUGUGGUACAGGAACAAAGGUAUUUUUGUCUGAAAUGUCUGUUUGAUUGAAUCAGUGUUACUCACUGAGGAAUAUUUAUACUGAACAAAAAUAUAAACACGACAUGCAAUAAUUAGUUACAGUUCCCAUAAGGAAAUCAGUCAAUUUAAAUAAAUUCAUUAGGCCCUAAUCUAUGGAUUCCACAUGACGUGGUCACCUUUAAAAAGAAAAAAAGUAGCAGUGUGGAUCAAAAAAACAGUCAGUAUCUGGUGUGACACCAUUUGCCUAAUGCAGCGCGACACAUCUCCUUCACAUAGAGUUGAUCAGGCUGUUGAUUGUGGCCUGUGGAAUGUUGUCCCACUUGCUGGAUAUUGGCGGGAACUGGAACACGCUGUUGAAAAUGUCGAUCCAGUGCAUUCAAAAUAUGCUCAAUGGGUGACAUGUCUGGUGAGUAUGAAGGUCAUGGAAGAACUGGGACAUUUUCAGCUUCCAGGAAUUGUGUACAGAUCCUUGCGAAAUGGGGCCGUUUAUUAUCAUGCUGAAACAUGAGGUGAUGGUGGCGUAUGAUUGGCACGACAAUGGGCUCUCGUCACGGUAUCUCUAUCCAUUCAAAUGUGACCCACCACCUGGAUUCGGUCCUAUGUAGCAAAAUUUGAAAUUAUGUUUUUUUACAUAGAAGUAGAGACUCCGAGCUAGGAAAUUGUAUAUAAUACACUGCAGUUGAGGAACAGUGAGAAAAUGAUUCUGCUUUGAAAGUUGAUAAACUUGUAACCCCAUUUUUGAGGAAAUGGUCCGUGAAUAUUUUGGUACACCUACUGGAGGGGUCUUCUUUGUCUACAACCAUUCAGCAUCGUUCACACCCUCCUAAGCCUUAGCCCCACCCAUCUCUUUAAGGAUUCACUGUGUAGUAAACAACCAAAGAUUUCAAGACUAAAAGUGGUGAAAGUAGUAGCAAAAAGUAGUAGUAAAAAUAAACUUUAUCUAGUCCUUGGCUUAUAUCCUAAUCUGACUUUGGUGCAGGUCAUGUUGUUCUUCACAUUACUGUCUCUGGUAAACACACACUAUAUCAAAUAAAAUCAAAGUUUAUUUGUCACAUGCACAGGAUACAGAAGGUGUAAACGGUAUAGUGAAAUGGUUACUUCCAUCGUGUAGUCUUUUGUUUAGACAUGUAGCUAGCUAAACAAUAAACCAUAAUCCCAAUUCUAAUGCUGCGUUCAAAACAACUGGGAACUAUAAAAAGCUCAGACUGGGACAAUCUAUUUGAAUGGUCAUCCAACACGGAAUUCCAACUCUUGAACUCGGGCCUCUUUCUAGAGCUCCUGCACAGAUCAUACACGUAAUGUUAGCUAGCGAGCCAGCUAACAUUAGCUAGCUAGCUAACAGUAUGCUUUAACUUGCAUUGAAAAUGACUUUCUGACAAAAUUUGAAAUAUAUAAUAUCUGAAAAUGUAGCUAGACAUAUACCCGUAUACGUGGAUGAACGCUUCUCCCUGUGUCAUAGAUACCAUGGUUGCGCUUAGUUUGAAGAUGUAAUCUGGAGGGAGGUGUUUUAUACAACAGCCUUCUUUCUGUGUUCUCUUUUUGGACUCACUCCGCAUUUGGCAAUCAUCUCUCUUCCACCGGGCAUUCCACCGAUUUCAAAACUCGGUCAACUUCUUCCUUGACAACUACACCGUUUCUUCCCCACCUUUGUCAUCAGAAGACUACAAUGUCUGGUUCAAUUAAAAUGUUUUUACCUAAAUCAGGGAUUUCCUCAGUGUCUGAUUCAUUUUCAGAGUCAGAGAGUCAGCAUGGCACAAUCAUCCUCUAGAAAGUAGUCCAUCACAACGUUUUCCCACUGAGCUUUGUUGAUAGCGCGAUUAACUUCAGGGCAGCAAUGCUGAGAGCAGUAGCGAAACCUUUUCAGUUCAUGAUAUCUUUAAAAAAAAAGCAGCGGUAGACAGGAUUAUCCACACAUACUUAUAGACAGAAGCACACUACAUGGCAGACCAAUCCAAACUCAUCUCUCGGCAUGUCCAGCCCAUCCAUUGUGGCUAAAGGGAAAGUUCCUGUAUUUUUCUGUGACUAAACCAACUAGGCUCGUUAUUUAAUUUUUUUAUUCGUAUUUGCAGAUUGCAUACAAGUUUGUUAGUAAGGCACAUGAAUGUUCCAGAAGGCAUUUCUGACAAAAAAAAACAUAUUUUGAUUUAAAAAAAAAAAUAGUGUAAUAGUUCAAAUCCCUCACCUGUGAAGUAGUGAUGUGUGACAAGACAUAGUUCCUUGAAACGGGCCACAAAUUGCCAUCAAUAAAAUGCAAUUGUCCGUAUCUUAUGCCUGCCCAUAGCCUAACCCAACCGCCACCAUGGGGCACUCUGUUCACAACGUUGACAUCAGCAAACCGCUUGCCCACACGACGCCAUACACAUGGUCUGCGGUUGUGAGGCCGGUUGGACGUACUGCCAAAUUCUCUAAAACAACGUUGGAGGUGACUUAUGGUAGAGAAAUGAACAUUAAAUUAUCUGGCAAGAGCUCUGGUGUACAUUCCUGCUGUCAGCAUGCCAUUUGCAUGCUCCCUCAAAAUUGAGACAUCUGUGGCAUUGUGUUGUGUGACAACUGCACAUUUUAGAGUUUCCUUUUAGUGUCCCCAGCACAAGGUGCACCUAUGUAAUUGAUGAUCCUGCUGUUUAAUCAGCUUCUUGAUAGGUGGAUGGAUUAUCUUGACAAAGGAGAAAUGCUCACUAACAGGGAUGUAAACAAAUGUGUGCAUACUGUUGGAGAGAAAUAAGCUUUUUUGUGCCUAUGGAACAUUUUCUGUGAUCUUUUAUUUCAGCUGAUGAAACAUGGGACCAACAUUUUAAAUGUUGAGUUUAUAUUUUUGUUCAGUGUACUUAUGGCACCUUCAAAUGAGGGGACUGGAUACAUAAAGUACUUUUCAUUUCUAAACGGUAAAACUGAUAUGUAUGAAAAUACCUUCAAAUAAAAGGUGAAAUGAUUUAAUGUUGCCUCAUAUGAUCCAUUUUAUCUCCAAUCCAAAAUGUUUGAGUAUAGAGUAUAGAUUUGAGCUUCACUGCAUUUAUAUUUUUGUUCCUCAUACACAAACACACCUGCUACAGUUUAUGUUACCGGUGUUUCUGUUGUGUCCACUCCCGUGUUGAUGUCUGUUUUUUAUGUAACUUUGUCAGUGAAGCAUAUCUCUUAUUAGGAGUGCCUGUACAACUCAUGAAUGUUAUCACUGGUUUUUAAUGUACCAAGUAUUUUACUAAUGACAUGAAGCUGGAACUAUAUAUAGUACCUUACAUGUCAAAUAUAGAACAUUCUGUUGUUUUAGUUAGCUUUGUGUCUGUCAAUUGGAACAUGCUUUAUUUAUAAAGCCCUUUUUACAUCAGCACAAAGUGCUUAUACAGAAAUACACACUGAAAUUCGAGCUGGCCACAGAACCCUGCUCUGACAGGUUUAUGGGAACUAAUCUCUGAUGUAUUUCAAUUUCCUUUGUAUAGUUUAUUUUUUAUGAUGUGGUUUCUGUAAUAUAUUAAGUUGUGCUGCCUCCCUUGUUUAGAAUGCCAUUCACCUGUCAGUGACCGCCCACCACACCCUACUGCAUUGACAUCACCAUAACCAGAGCUGUUGAUGUCUCUGACUCAAAAACAGGUGACUGUGUUGCCAUUUUGCUAUCUCUAUUCUCAUUCCAGAAACAUGCAACAACAACCAAUCCCCUUCGUCUACUGACAAGUGCCAAGGAAAUCUGGCAACACUUGAACAAGGCAUACUUAUAGGCAUCACGUAGCCUACUCAUAGUCAACGUAAAUGUGACAAAAUGUCAAUGUGACAAGACUCUACAAGUGGUUUUUGGGAGACAACAAUCCAUUCCCUGAGCUUUUUUGAUAACAUAUCCUGACACAAGACACAAACAUGUACAAUUGUUUGUUGACAGAACAUAUCAGCUAUUGUUCCUUAUCCUUUAUAUAAAACAACUUUCAAACAAGCCUUAUACUUCUGUAAGCCUAAUAGCAAAUUAAUUGGUAAUUUCCUCGUCGUUUCCAUGUCCGAGCAUUAGUACAAGCUUUGUGUCAUGGUGUACUGUAUGUGAGAUAAACCCUGCAGCUAUUUCCUGCCCCCCCCCAUCCAUCCACAUUACAAGGUCAGUCUGCUUUCCCAAGUCUCUCACAUCUACAUCACUCAUGCUGUUUUAAGCUUUCAAUCUUUGAUUAAAAGAACAGGAAGAAUCAUCUACACGUUAUACUGCCGAGGAAACAUUCUGAUGUAUUCUGUACAUACAAGUUUUGUAUUUUAAAGAAACUAAAUGCAUGCAAUGAUCCCAGAUGACUGAAUCUCAUAUGUAAAUAUAUAUCCUCUAUAAAUUGUGGAGUGUUUUUCUUUUUAUAUAAAGGAAAUAGAAACAUUGUUUCAAGGGCAAAGGAAAAUAAAGUGAAAUUCUUUCGAA